AACACUUAUUCUAACCAUCCAGACGCAUUAUGAGUAAUACAAUGGAUCACAUACUUAAAAAUGAAAAAGGUGCAGGAAGAGCACCAAACCUACGACAUAUGCUUUUUUAUAUUGCUUUUUUUUUUUAAUCGGCAGUGGUUAUAUUGCUUGUGGUGGAUUUCCAAAAAGUAAGCGAUUAUAUUGCUUAUGGCUUUGAAAGUCACAUGGGUCAUGAGUUUCUCGCCAAGUAAAUUGUUGGUGGUGGCCUGAUCUAUCAGCUAAAUAUUCAUGGAUCAUGAUUGUUUCCAUUGCAAGGAUAGAACCACUGUUAGAUGAUGGAUCUAUUUGUAUCUAGUGCAAUUAUGUGUCUUAUCAUGUAAUUAGUUUAAGUAUCUAGGACCGUAGUAUAAUUAUUAUACAACUUGUACAUAUAUAUUUUACGUUGAAUGAAAUUAACCCUAAUGGGUUUUCUCCCUAUUACGAUUACCCUAAAAUUGAAUAUGAUAUCAGAGCUAGAGUUUCAGAGGCUUUUCCCCUUUGUUUGUGCCAUAGUUGCACUUUAUUUCAUUGUGAUUCGUGUGUUCCGAAUCCUUUGUUGGCCUCUCCACGUGCGAGUCAGGGGUCGCACGUGCGGGGGAGUAUUGGGAUUUGUCCCACAUCGGUUAAAUAUCUCCUCCAAAACUAGUAUAUGAGUUUGGGCAACCUCUCCACUCUUUGCCAAUUGAUUUGGAGUUGGAUGCUUUAACAUGGUAUCAGAGCGAUAGAACCUGGGCAACCUACGACGUUCUUCUUGUUGCGCGUGAACAGUGUUUGUGAACAGUCGCGUGAACAGUGUCGUGAACAGUACUCGUGUGAAUAGUGCACUUCGAUCAGAUCUGAUGCUGUCGCCGUCUUUUUUUCUCGCCGAUCGGAUCUAUUUUUUCUUCUCUAACGAAGUUUCAACAUUGUUUCAGUCAAAUUCGAAAGUAUUCAGUUGAUUUUUUUUGAGAUUCUAGGGCUUUUGGAACCUUUAUUUAUUAUUUUUGGAGUUCUAAAGUUGCUGGGAACAUUGUUUACUGUUUAUUUGGCAUUAUUGUUCUGCUUUUAAGAUGUCAGAAGAAAAAAAACAGGCUUCCGCUAGUGGCAAGGAUGAAUUGAGUCGUGUAGGGACUCUGGAUAACUCUUCAUUGGAUAUUUGUCCCAUCAAACUGGAUGGCACAAAUUAUUUACUUUGGUCUCGUACUUUUACAUUAGCUAUUGAAGCUAAAGGGAUGUCUGAGUUCAUUGAAGGCUCUGUUACUGAGCCUACUACUGAUGUUGAACUCAAGACGUUUAAGUCUCGUCGAUCUUUAGCCAUGACCCGGUUGUUUAAUUCUAUGAAGGCUGAUAUUCGUAGUCCUUUCUUGCUUCUUAACACUCCAUAUCAAAUUUGGACUAUUGCCAAACAGACUUAUUCUCAGCAGGGCAAUGAUGCUCAGUGUUUUGAGUUGCGAAAGAGACUUCAUACUAUGGAUCAACACAAUCGAUCUGUUACUGUUUACUUUGCUGAUCUCAGUGGGGCUUGGCAAGAAUUUGAUUAUUAUCAGGGGUUUCAGGCAGUCUGUUCCGUUGAUGCUGGUGCUUGGUUAAAAAGAAUAGAGAAAGAACGUGUGUAUGACUUUCUUGCUGGUCUUGAUGUGGAGUAUGAUCCAAUUAGAGUGCAAGUGUUGGGUCGUGUUCCGUUUCUAUCUUUAGGAGAGGCCUAUGCCAUUGUUCAACAGGAGGAGAGCAGAAGGGGUGCUAUGUUACAAGCUCCCUCUUCUGAUCGUUCUGCAUUGGUUGCUAUUCCGCAGGGACAGUUUGGGUCUGGCAGUGGAAAGUCUCAGUAUGGUACUACUAGUGGGACCAUAGAUCGUAUGUCACUCCAGUGUGAUUAUUGCCACAACACUGGACAUACCAAGGAUUUCUGUUGGAAGUUACAUGGUCGUCCUUCUCGUGGGCGAGGCAGUGGACGUGGAGGUCGAAGUCGUGGUCCCGGGCGUUCUCAGGCUCAGGCACAUGUUUCAGAGUUUACUACUUUGUCUGAUUCUGGAUUAAGUACAGGAGUUCAGUCACCUUCUGAAUCUGUUGGCAGUUUCUCUCAGGGGGAGAUGCAAGCUCUCAGGCGUCUUAUGGCUCGAGCUGAUUCUUCUUCUAUUAUAGCUCCUACUUCCACAGCAGCUCCUACUGCAUCCUAUUUUGCUCAUUCAGGUAUUCCAGCUAGUGCAUUUACUGCCUCCUCCAGUAUUCCUUGGAUUAUCGAUUCUGGUGCUUCAGAUCAUAUGACAGAACUGGAAACGGGGAAGGUGAUUGGCAGUGGUAAAGCACAUGGUGGUAUAUAUUAUCUGGAGCAUGGACCUCAUCCAUCUCAGCCGUCUUUAUCAUGUGGACAAGCUCUACGGGCAGAUAUGAGUUCCACUCUUUCUUUGUUACAUCGGUGGCACCGUAGAUUGGAUCAUCCCUCGUUUGGGAUAUUAGAGAAACUCUUUCCUAUUUAGUUAAACAUUGUCCUAGGGAUCAGUUUUUUUGUGAAGCCUGUGAGUUUGGGAAACAUAAACGCUCUUUUUAUGCACCUAUUAAUAAACGAAGUGAUUCUCCAUUUAUGAUUAUCCACUCUGAUGUUUGGGAUCCUUCUCCUGUUACUUCUUUAAAGGGCUAUCAA